AGUGAGGGAGGCGAAAUGGUCUCGCGAUUAGGAGGACUCCAGAGACACACAGCUGCCUAUUAUAUAAACCCACGGAGAGCAGAGAGAGAGAGAACAUCCAAAACCCCUCUGGGACUUUCCCGAUGGAGGUGAGGGGGGCGAUCAAGAGACCAAUGCCGCCCCCUUCCCCAAGACGCCUGAGGACGGGGGGGGGAGGGAUAAAUCCUGGGGAACGAAGCCUUACCUUGUUUAUGUGUCAAAAGGGAAAGCGGCGUCACGUCUUCGCUCAGGCCGAAGGGAGGAGGAGGAGGGAGAAGAAAACAGCCGGCAGCAGGAGAGAGAGAGAGAGAGAGGAGGAAAGAGGAGGAGGAGGAGGAGGAUGGCGCGAGCGCAGCGCAGAGAACAGGGAGGGAAGGCAGGCAGGCAGGCCCGCGCGGGGGGAGGAAGCUCGCUCGCUCGCUCGCUGGCUGCCUGCCCUUCUCCCCUCCCUCCGCCCCUCCCUCCGCUGCUCUUCUCUCGCUUUCCCUCCCGUUCGUUCGUUGGUUGGUUCGCCCUUCCCUCUGCUCGCCCCCCCUCCCUCCCUCCUUCCCUCCCCGCGCGAGAUCGCCCGCCCUUCCCUCAGCCUGCCGUCCCUCCCUCCGCCUCCGCACGCGCUAUCUCGCGCGCGCCUCUUCCCCUUGCUCGCCUUUCAGGGGUUCCCGCAGGAAAGAGCCGGAGCUGCCACUGUGGCUACUCCAACUCCAUGCGGGGACAUGAGAGAAGCUUCCCACAAGGAUGGUAAAAACAUCAAAACAUCCGGGCAUCCCCUGGGCAACGUCCUUGCAGACAGCCAGUUCUUUCACACCAGAAAUGACUUGCAGUUUCUCAAGUCGCUCCUGACAUGAAUAAAAAGUUGUCUUAAUGA